GCUUUACAGUUUCGAACUUCUGUCGAACUCGCACUAGACCUACUACUACUAGCACCACCACAACCUAGACGACGAUGUCAAAGACCCUCAGCAACGGGCUCAUGAACCUACGCUUCAUGCAGAAUACGCAGCGGGCAAAAGAGCAUGCGCAGGAUGCCCUCGAGCAGGCGAAAAUUAAGGACGAGGCGGAUUGGGAAGUUUCGCAGGAAAUUAAGGACGCGUGGGGUAUAGGCACACCGCUAAACGCAAGCACGUCCUCCGUGAUCCAUGAACCAUCAUAUCUGCCAUUCCUCUUUACAUAUUCUACUGCAGGGACAUCCGAAGGCGAGACACGGGCUAAGCCUAAAGGACGGCGGUCAUUCAAUGUCAAAGGAAAGGAAGCAGAGAUGGAAAAGGUCGAAACCGACCCAAUACCAGAGAAUAAUGUUCCAGAAAGCCAGCCCUCGAAGCGAUUGACGUCGAUAUCAGGGUUUAGGGCACCCCUUCCCACCAAGCUUAGCUUUACGUCGUCAAAGAGCGUGAAGAGCCAAAGCGUACAGGAACUGAUACGGCAGGACGUCACGAAGCGAGCACCAGCACCGCUGACUGCGGAUACCCCUGUGCCAUCCUCUGCCGCACCUGGGACCUCAAAGGCGGCACUGGCAGGCUUCUUGAAGCCGACAGGCGUUGAUGCGCCCCCGUCUGUGGCAUCUACACAGGCCAGGAGUGCUGCUGCAAAGAAAAAGAGAGACAGAGAUGAAGCUGGUGAUGGUGAAGGCAAGAAGCGAAAGCGGAAGAAGGAAAGGAUUUCCGAUGCGCACACCAUUGAGUAGUCUUGCCGAUUCAUAGGCGUCCUCACUUACUUCCGUCGCCGCCAUAAGACUCGUUACGGCAAUAUACCCUGACCUUCCUUUUCAUAGGUGCGCGCCCCGCCUUCACGCUCCGUCGUCUAUCUCAUUUCUUGCCAAUGGCGCAGAUACGCCGUUGUGUACAAUCGCCGCUGUGCAUACAUUCUGUUUUGCAGCGUCAUUAGCAUGUCUGUCGACAUCCCGCUAAUCUAUUCAGUAUUCUCCGACUGACUAGGCGGAAAUUACUCUCUGUAUCGCCUGCCGUCGACCCUGAGCACAGGAUUCGGGCUCACGAGGGGAUUGUCUACUAUCUCG